UGAUUGAUUUUGAGAAAAAUAUUGAUAAUUAUUUAAAUCAAAUACACAUUUCGUUAAAUAAUAUUAUGUUGAAGUGCAUAAACGUUUAAUUUAAGAAAUUGUGUGUUUUAUAUUAUCAAAAAAUGUUGAUUGACAAUUGUUAACCUAUAGCUGUCAAAAUUUAUUCGGUGCCCAAAAAAUACGUCUGGUUCUAAAUAAAAAAUUAAACGAAAUUAUGCAAAAUUAUUGAAAAUGGUUGUUAUUCGUACUAAUCGACGUAAUGUAAGAAUUUUAUUAGUUGGCGAUCGAGGUGUCGGCAAAACCUCGUUAAUUUUAACAUUGGUUAGCGAAGAAUUUCCCGAAGAUGUACCACCAAAAGCUGAAGAGAUUACAAUACCGGCUGAUGUUACACCAGAACAAGUGCCCACAAAUAUUGUGGAUUAUUCAUCUGCUGAACAAAGUGAAGAUAAUUUAGUUGAAGAAAUACAACGAGCUAGUGUAAUUUGUGUGGUAUAUGCUGUGGAUGAUGAUGAUAGUAUGGAUCGUGUUGCCACAUAUUGGUUGCCAUUAAUUCGGGAAUAUUCUCCAGAUUCACGUUCACCGGUUGUUUUGGUUGGAAAUAAAAUGGAUUUAAUUGAUUAUUCGACUACUGAUGCUGGUUUAAGUUUAAUGGAACAAUUUCCUGAAAUUGAAAGUGUUAUUGAAUGCUCAGCUAAAACAUUAAAAAAUAUAUCAGAGCUAUUUUAUUAUGCUCAAAAGGCAGUUCUUCAUCCCACUGGACCGUUAUUUGUGAUUGAUACGGAAGAGCUAACAACAGCCUGUAGGAAUGCGCUAAGAAGGAUAUUUAAAAUAUGUGAUAUGGAUAAUGAUGGUUUAUUGAACGAUUUUGAGUUAAAUAAUUUCCAAUGCCGUUGCUUUAAUACUCCAUUACAACCACAAGUAAUUGAAGAUGUGAAAGCUGUACUUAGAAAAAAUAUCGAUGAUGGUAUAUCCAGAGAUUGUAUUACUUUAAAAGGAUUUCUAUUUUUGCAUCGAUUAUUUGUGCAAAGAGGUCGAAAUGAAACUACUUGGGGUGUUUUACGAAAAUUUGGUUAUAAUGAUAGCCUUACUUUAUCCAAAGAAUAUUUAUAUCCAACGAUAAAAGUUCCAAACGGUGCUACAACCGAGUUAUCACAUAAAGGACAACAAUUUUUAACAUUCUUAUUUGAACGGCAUGAUAAAGAUAAGGAUGGCGCAUUAUCACCGGCAGAAGAGGAGGAUAUGUUUAGUGCAUGUCCGUGUCCACCAUGGGAUGCAGAUUCUUAUUAUACAGUUCCUACAAAUGAACACGGUUGGGUUACGUUACAAGGGUUCUUAUGUUUAUGGUCAUUGAUGACUCUUUACGAUUUGCCACGAACUUUAGAAUAUUUAGCAUAUCUUGGUUAUAAUUUUGUUGAAAAUGAGCCACAAUCUUCAGCAAUUCAUGUUACAAGAGAAAAGAAAAUUGAUUUAGCCAAAAAGCAAUCAAGCCGCAAUGUGUACCAAUGUCAUGUUAUUGGUCCUAGAGGAUCUGGUAAGUCGCAGUUGUGCCGUGCACUUCUUGGCAAGAAUACAGAAAUUCUUGUUAAAGAAAUGGAAGGUAAUCCACAAUGCACAAUUAAUACUGUUCAAGUAUACGGUCAAGAAAAAUAUUUAAUAAUGCGAGAUAUUGAUGUGCGAAAUGUGACUGAUCCAUUACUGCCAAAUGAAGUUGUUUGUGAUGUUGCGUGUCUAGUCUUCGAUCAAAAUAAUCCUAAAUCAUUUGAAUAUGUUGCUAGAAUUUUUGUUAAAUACUUUGCCGAAAGUAAAAUACCUGUUCUAAUGGUUCAAAAUAAAAGUGAUUUGGAGGAAAUAAAGCAAGAUUAUUUAUUACAACCAUCAGUAUUUUGUUCCAAAUAUAAAAUAAUGCCACCACAUCCGUUUAGUACCAAAGAUUCUGGUCGAAAAGAUGUUUAUAUUAAAUUAGCAACAAUGGCUGCUUUUCCUCGGUUUCAAGCGGCUUGGAUAUUAUUUUACAAGAACAGGUUCGUACAACUUUAUAAUCGACAGAAAAUUCCAAUGCGCCGAUUGGUGCACAUGUUGUUAUUGCGUCCACAACAAUCUCAAUGGUUCAUUUCUUUCUGCAGGCAUAUUCGACAAUUUGGUCUAAUCCCAGGUGAUUCAAAUGCUUGGUGGAAAGCUGGUUUAGGUUUAGCAGCUGCAACAGCUGUUGGUUUCAUUGUUGUAAAAGUGUUACAUACGGAUAAAAUUAGAUAAUUUUGUACAAGGUCCUCCUCCCGUAUCAAUGAUGAAUAUUGAUAUCAUUGUUUAAAAAAAAUCAUUUCUUUAAAGUUGAAUUGAUUUGUUCAUUGUAUUUGUUUUGUAUUUAGUGAGUCAAUAAUUUGUAACGGACCAAGUCGUUAAAAGUAGU